AUGAUUAUAAAAUCAACCUCACCAUUCAAGGUAGCAUUGCCGUUUGGUAGUGGGAAAAAUAAGCUUAAUUUUACUCCGGCUAGUAGUGGUCGGGAGAAGAUUAAGAGAUAUAAAAUAGCCUGCAGCUUUCAGAUCAACGGUACUGGGAUAUCAUCACUAUCACCAAUAGAAAGCCAAAAGAAUGAGACUCUGGAGAACAUCAAUCAACUGUCUGCACCCACCAUGGAGAAUUGGGAACUUAUUAAUGGGAAACCACUGAUUAAUGCUGAGCCAUCUACUGGAAGAUUGUUAAAGGAUGGACUUAUUUUCCAGCAAAACUUCACAGUCAGAUCGUAUGAGAUAGGAAGUGAUUUCAAAAUAUCCAUUGAGUCGUUGAUGAAUUAUUUACAGGAGACAUCACUCAAUCAUCUCAGGAGUGCAGGAAUACUGACUGAUGGUUUUGGCUCAACAAUAGAGAUGACUGAAAAGGACCUCAUAUGGGUGGCUUGUUGGUCGCAUACGGAGGUGGAUCACUAUCCUUCAUGGGCUGAUGUUGUUCAAGUAGAUGUUUGGAAUUAUAUGGCAGGGAGGAAAGGUCUUCGUUGUGACUGGCUGAUCCGAGACUUCAACACUGGCAAAACUCUGAUACGGGCAACCAGUUUAUAUGCAAUGAUGAAUAAGAAAACAAGGAAAUUUGCUAAGGCGAGCGAGGAAAUCAUGGGAGGAAUGAAACCAAUUAUGCUGCGUUAUUGUGACCCUCUCGUCAACAGGGAUGGCAGAAAGCUUCUGCAGCUUGAUGCUGAUAAAGCAGAUUACAUUCGCUCAGGUUUAAAUCCUGGAUGGACGGACAUGGAUGUGAAUCAACAUGUGAGUCAUAUCAAAUUGGUUAACUAUAUUCUCGAGGGCGUUCCUAGCUCAAUCGUGAAGAGUUGUGAGCUUUGCGCAAUGACUUUGGAGUAUCGGAAAGAGUGUAGUGCGGAUAGUGUGCUGCAAUCUGUUUCCAAAUUCUGUAGCAAUCACUUGAUUAAUAACCAAGAAAUUGAGUUCGAUCAUUCGCUCAGCGUUGAGGGUGGACCUGAAGUGGUAAGAGGAAGGACAAGAUGGAGAAAGAGAUCAUAG